AUGUGUCGAGAGAAGAUCCGACGUCUUCUCCCGCCCGUCAUCUCGUCGUUUCUGUGCUUUGUAUUUGUGGUUGUCAAGCCAUUGAGCAACUUAGGUGGACGCUAUGCCUUCCUGUGCUAUACCUCACUGCUAUUAUUCUGCUUUCCAGGCGGGACGAUUGGCGGACAGCUUGAAGCUACCCUCCUGGGCAUACUCUUCGCCGCCUCUGGUCUGGCAUGGGCGAUCGUCACCCUGGCAAUCGCUGCAUACUGCGGGCGGACGUAUGGCGCCGACGGACCAGAAGCAAGGACCGUUCUCGGCCUCGGAUUGGCGAUACUUGCCUUUAUCUCUGGGUUCAUUCGAAGUUACACUCCUCGACUGACCCUAGCCAGCCGGAUUGGACUGUUCUUCCCGGUAUUCCUCUUUACGAGUGAACAAGCAAUCACUCGGGUCACAUCUCGCAUGUUCUUGGAGCAAUUCUAUACUGCCCUCUUCGCAGCUGCUUUCGGCCUCGUCCCAAUCCUACUGCUCGGUCAUCGUUCAUCCGGUCCCGCACUGGGCGAGGCCAUCAUCGGGACUGUCACUUCAGUGUACGAUCUACUACCUAUCGCGCUCGCUGCCUUCCGAGACGGAGAAGAGAAUGCUUCCACCCCGCCGGGCUGGGACAAUUCUGACCUACCGGACAGGCAUUCUACUCGGUCCCGACACGACGUGCUGGCCAAGACACUCAAGAGCCACACCGGUCAAAUCAGCCCCUUACUCAAAUCCUAUUCGAAUGAGAUCAUCCACGCUCGUCUCCCAUCCACACAACUUCGACCCAUCAUCGCAGCGCUCAAAGCGGUGUCGCGUAAUCCGCUUCUCGGCUCGUCCUCCCAGACCCCGGGCGAGCGGGUACAGGCUGCUCUCCUGCGCGCCCGGCAACACUCGUUCUCCCGUCCUACCAGCUCCAUGGAUAGGCAGAGCAGAGGAUCGUCCACUCCGCUGCAUAUUGAUGGGCAAUUCGCCGUCGAGCUGGAUAAGCGUUCAGGUGCUGCGCCGUUUAGUCUCCAGAGUGACACAUCCGUUCCCAAGCCGGAUCCGAGACUGGUAGACCGGUCGACCGAGCUCUCCGGUUGGAUCUGCGCAGUCCUGACGCUCACCGGAGAUCGCAUAGCGGGUGUUUGGUGCUGGACCAACCCGCUUUCGGCUGUUACAUCCCCGGACCCGUCCGCGCCCGUACACCUCAACAGAUCCAUCGGUGCUUUCGAGAUCGACCUGGAAGUCGCCCUCGACUCCGGAGAAGGCAUCUCAACAACGCUCGGGGACUCGCGCAUCGGUACCACAAACAGAACUCACGGGGAGUCGGAGAGCUUCCGGCUCGCAUUUCAUAUGGUCACUUUGCUCGACCUCGGGCGAGACGUUUUGAAGCUUCACGACGUGGUCGCGAGGGUCACAGAGGCGGCGCCGGUGCAGAAGAGGUGGUAUGUCCCCUAUCUGCAUAGGUGGAUCCGGUCAAGGGCGGAUGCGCAACCUGUGGAUGUACUGGAUCAUUCCGACAUCGCUGUCGAGCAGACCGCGCCCGUUGCUGCUGGGGAGGCAUGUGCACCGGGGCCAACGGAAGGGCUCGAUUUUGUCCAGGCUGCAUUGCGUCGCGAGCACCAUGCCCAGCUUGAAUCGAAAGGCCGACUGCAGACUCUGCGCUUGCUCUGGCGGUCCCUCUGGGACUGUCACACGAUAUUGCUCGGCAAGUUCCCGCAAAGCUCCAUCAUGAGGCGGACGUUGAUGCUGCUAGUCCGUAUCACGGUAUCUCGCUUCCUCCACUCCUCCCGACACUCGCGACACAGUCGCUUCGCUUUCAAGCUCAGCCUCGGUAUAUCGCUCCUGGCGCUCCCUGCCUUCCUCCCACCUGGUACCCCAGGCAGGAUAUAUUUCAGAGACUUUCGGGGCAGUUGGAUCCUUGCGAGCUAUCUGAGCGUCCUGGAGGUUCAUACUGGGGCGAUAUUCCGGGUCGGCUGCUUCCGAAUCGUGGGAACAUUUGUGGGCGCUCUGGCCGCUUACAUCUUUGUAUUGAUUGCGCGCGACAAUCCAUAUGCGCUGGUCACAUUGGCCACAGCCUUCUCGAUACCAGUAUCUUACAUCAUCCUGUUCACCACCUUUCAGGGGGCCGGAACUGUGGCCGGCAUCACCCUUCCCCCUCUGCUCUUCCUGAACUACCUCGGACUCUCACCAGGUCGUGACGCCUUCUUCCUCGCCUGGACUCGUUUCGUCGACAUAGCCAUCGGCAUCGUCGCUGCCGUCCUUGUCGGCUGCGUCGUUUGGCCAAACCAUGCGCGCGUCCGCUAUUUCUCGGCGGUAUACACCACCAUCGAGCGGCUGACAGCGUACCAUCUCCAGCUCUCGCGUGACAACCUUCGGUCCACCCUGCUGUAUCAACCUGAUCAGAAGAUCUACGCCACUCUCGAUCGAUCCGCGCGGCGCGAUAUUGCCUGGGCGCGCACACUCGUCGCUGUGCAGCGGAACGAGUUGUCUCUCCUACCUCGUCCGAUUCGGCUCUAUGGCGAAGUCCUCGAUGCGGCCGAAAAGACUCUCAACAUCCUCGUUGAGAUCCGCCUCUUGCGCUUUAGCGUCCCGAGGAAGGAGGUAGUCCUCGACGUCUUACCGCUCCGGCGUCAAUUCGUGUCGGCGGUUCUCAAUAACUUAUGGGCGUGCGGACAGGCGUUCAAGUCAAGAUCGCCGUUACCGCAGUUCCUCCCUUCGCCACGGGUGGCGCUAGACGAGUUGACGCAGGCCGUAGAUGUGCCGCUGACCGAGGGACGACGGCGGACAACAUCGACCAGACAAGCGGGCCCGUCACGCUCGCGAUCACCUUCCCAGUCUGAUUUGGGCAAAGGAGGCAACGGCAGUAAGCAGGAACUAUCGAUGCUGUAUGCGAUGGCGGAGUAUGAGGCGUUAGGGGAGCUGUGCGAUCUGAUAGAUGAGCUUGUAGCGGCUGCUCGCAUACUCUUUGGAACCCAGACUUUCCUCGACACGGCGAUGGAACAGCCCUACAUUGACUGA